CACUAAAAUAAGUACUGCCUGUUUAAAAGGCAACCGGAAGAAGAGUGUACUUCAAACACCAUGAACACAGCCACAACCACCAUCAACAUACACCCAGAAACCGACCAUUGAUGAAAUGUACGGUAUCAGAACUUGAACACAAAAAUCUUGAUGAUAUAUAUAUAUACACGCAUCUUCAUUCUGUGAACAUUAGCACCACCACCACGUCACCAUACUCACCACCAGCCACCACCAGUUUUGGUUGCCGAUUAAUAUCAGAGAGGGAUUGUUUCUGGUAACGUUUUCUUCACUUUGACUGUAUCUAACAGAUCCUCCACCAAAGAUUUAAUGGUACUUUUCUUUUUGUAUUGUUCACAUGCACGGUUUCAUCACUAUAGUGUAAAACUCAAGCAUCCAAGCCUCCAUAGGAACUUCUCUCACAUGCAUGUUGUCUCCUAGAGUGGACUUUCUUUCACCACCUUUAUAUCACCAUAACCAAGACUUAACAAGAAGACUCCACUCUGUUAACCCAAGAUUUCUCAAAUCGUCAUAGCUCAGAUGGAUCAGAAGCCAACCCCACAUUUUCUGUUGUUUUGCUCAUUCUUGAUAAUAAUGUUAACCAUGACCAAAACAUUUUUUGUAGCCUCUCUAUCUUCUGAUGGAGAAGCCCUUCUUUCUCUUAUCUCAGCGGCAGACCCAUCAGCAAAAGCAUCCUCAUCAAUCCUCUCCUCAUGGAACCCAUCAAGCCUGACUCCAUGUUCUUGGCAAGGCAUUACAUGCUCUCCACAAAAUAGAGUUAUUUCCCUCUCUCUCCCUAACACAUUCCUUAAUCUUUCCUCACUGCCCUCGCAGCUAUCCUCUCUUUCCUCUCUACAACUUCUCAACCUCUCCUCAACUAAUAUCUCUGGAUCAAUCCCUCCUUCUUUUGGCUUAUUCAUUCAUCUUAGACUCUUAGACCUCUCCUCAAACUCUCUUUCAGGUCCUAUACCGCAAGAAAUUGGCCAGCUCUCUUCUCUUCAAUUUCUUUACUUGAACUCCAAUAAGUUAUCUGGUAGGAUGCCUCCACAACUUGCAAACAUUACUUCUUUACAAGUUCUUUGCUUGCAAGACAAUCUCUUCAAUGGUUCGAUACCAUCACAAUUGGGUUCUUUAGUCUCGCUCCAAGAAUUUAGAGUUGGUGGCAAUCCUUAUUUAACAGGAGAGAUACCAACACAGUUAGGACUGUUAACCAAUCUCACAACAUUUGGUGCUGCAGCAACCGGUCUUUCAGGCCAAAUACCACCCACAUUUGGGAACUUGAUCAAUCUUCAAACUUUGUCUCUUUAUGAUACUGAGGUAUUUGGUUCUAUACCACCUGAACUUGGUUUGUGUUCAGAGUUAAGGAACUUGUACUUGCACAUGAACAAGCUUACCGGUUCAAUCCCUCCUCAGCUGGGUAAGUUGCAAGAACUUACUAGUUUGCUUCUAUGGGGAAACGCACUCUCUGGAGCAAUCCCAGCUGAGCUUUCAAACUGUUCAUCACUUGUUGUGCUUGAUGCUUCAGCUAAUGAUCUUUCCGGUGAAAUACCUCGUGAUUUAGGAAAGUUAGGGGUCCUUGAGCAGCUUCAGUUGUCCGAUAACUCUCUUACUGGUCCGAUUCCUUGGCAGUUGAGUAACUGUACAGGCUUAACAGCUCUUCAGCUUGAUAAGAAUCAAUUGUCAGGUACAAUUCCAUGGCAGGUUGGCGAUUUGAAGUAUUUGCAAAGUUUCUUCUUGUGGGGAAAUUCAGUGUCUGGUACGAUACCAGCCUCCUUUGGAAACUGCACUGAGUUAUAUGCUCUUGAUCUUUCAAGAAACAAGCUUACAGGCUCAAUUCCAGAGGAGAUUUUCAGUUUGAAGAAAUUGAGCAAACUUCUGCUUCUAGGGAAUUCUUUAUCAGGUGGAUUGCCGCGCAGUGUUGCAUAUUGUGAGUCUUUAGUGAGAUUGAGGCUCGGAGAAAACCAGCUUUCUGGUCAGAUUCCUAAGGAAAUAGGCCAAUUGCAGAAUUUGGUAUUUCUUGACUUGUAUAUGAAUCAAUUCUCUGGUGGCCUACCUUUGGAAAUUGCCAACAUCACUGUUCUUGAGCUGUUGGAUGUGCACAAAAACUACAUUACUGGAGAGAUACCAUCUCAGCUAGGAGAGCUUGUAAACUUGGAGCAGCUUGAUCUUAGCAGGAACAGCUUCACAGGUGAAAUUCCAUGGAGUUUUGGAAACUUCAGUUACUUGAACAAGCUCAUUCUCAAUAACAAUAUGCUUGCAGGGGCAAUCCCGAGGUCCAUUCAAAACUUGCAGAAGCUAACACUGCUUGAUUUGAACUCCAACAGCCUCUCUGGUCCAAUCCCACUUGAAAUUGGUUAUGUCACGAGCUUAACAAUUAGUUUGGAUUUGAGCUCAAAUGGAUUUACUGGUGAACUCCCUGAAACGAUGUCCAGCUUGACACAGUUACAGUCACUUGAUCUUUCCCAUAAUUUGCUUUAUGGAAAGAUCAAGGUUCUUGGUUCCCUUACUAGCCUCACUUCCCUUAAUAUCUCCUACAACAAUUUCUCAGGUCCUAUUCCUGUAACACCAUUCUUUAGAACUCUAUCUUCAAAUUCAUACCUUCAAAACCCAAGACUUUGUGAUUCCACAGAUGGAUAUUCUUGCUCGCCUAGAACUAAUCAAAGAAAUGGAUUAAAAUCAGCCAAAACUAUAGCUUUGAUUUCGGUUAUUCUCACUUCAGUGACCAUAAUUGUUAUUGCUUCCUGGGUUAUAGUCAUGCGGAACCACAGGUAUGUGAUGGAGAAAUCUUCUGGAGCAUUAGCCACGUCAUCGAGAGCUGAAGAUUUCUCUUAUCCAUGGACUUUUAUCCCAUUUCAGAAGCUCAACUUCACCAUUGAUAACAUCCUAGAUUGCUUGAAGGAUGAGAAUGUGAUUGGGAAAGGCUGUUCUGGAAUUGUCUACAAGGCUGACAUGCCAAAUGGGCAGUUGAUUGCAGUAAAAAAGCUUUGGAAGGCAAAGCAAGACGAGGAUCCAGUGGAUUCUUUUGCUGCAGAAAUUCAAAUUCUUGGACACAUUCGACAUCGGAAUAUUGUGAAGCUUUUAGGUUAUGCUUCGAAUAGGAGUGUCAAGCUCCUUCUGUACAACUACAUUUCAAAUGGCAAUUUGCAGCAGCUGCUGCAGGGGAAUAGGAAUCUGGAUUGGGAAACAAGGUACAAGAUAGCUGUUGGUUCAGCUCAGGGUUUAGCUUAUCUUCAUCAUGAUUGUGUGCCAGCAAUUCUUCACAGAGAUGUGAAGUGCAAUAACAUACUUCUGGAUUCCAAGUAUGAGGCUUAUUUAGCAGAUUUUGGCCUGGCCAAACUGAUGAACUCUCCAAAUUAUCAUCAUGCCAUGUCCAGAGUUGCUGGUUCCUAUGGUUAUAUAGCCCCAGAGUAUGGAUACACCAUGAACAUCACAGAAAAGAGUGAUGUUUACAGUUAUGGAGUGGUUUUGCUAGAGAUCAUAAGUGGUCGCAGCGCUGUUGAGCCUCAAGUAGGAGAUGGAUUACACAUAGUUGAGUGGGUGAAGAAAAAGAUGGGAAGCUUUGAACAAGCAGUAUCAAUACUAGAUGCGAAGCUUCAAGGUUUGCCAGACCAAAUGGUGCAGGAAAUGCUGCAAACACUAGGGAUUGCAAUGUUCUGUGUGAACUCUUCGCCAGCAGAGCGGCCAACCAUGAAGGAAGUGGUGGCAUUGUUAAUGGAAGUAAAGAGUCCACCAGAAGAAUGGGGAAAGACUUCUCAACCUCUAAUAAAAUAGUCAUCAAAUCAAAGUUGAAAUAAUUUGUCCUUGUGUUUUUCUUGGCUUCCAAGGACAUCAAUGAUUGGUUCUCUUUUCAAUCCCAAGAAGACAAAAGAGGAGAGUUACUGGGAAAAUUGAAAAUAGAGCUUUUGGGUAGUGUUAUUGCAUUUAGCUGGUGGUCCUGGGGUUUCUUGUACAGUGGUAGAAACAGCAAUGUGGUUGAAUUUGCUUCAUCCUUUGCUUUUUCCGAUUAACAAUUUUUUUAUUUACAUGCAACUCUAUGCAUUUCCUUUUUGCCCUGAUUAAUGUUACUCAUGUUCCUGAAUUUCUGUGAAAUGUAAUCUGGAGCUUCUGCCCUCCAUAGAAUUAGAAGUAUUCUUCAAUCCAA